AUGAUGAAUGAAGAGGAUUCUACAGAAACGAAAAGCCUAGUCAUAACUAAUGGCAUGUUUAUCAUAGACGACAUCGAGCGUAGUAAAUAUAAUAUUCACUAUAAGAAUGUCCCAGGAGGCGGAGGGACUUUUGCCAUUUUGGGUGCAUGCAUAAUAUCUUCCGGCAAUGUCACAUCCAAAGGUUUGAAGUGGAUAGUGGACAGAGGCUCUGACUUUCCAAAGGAAGUUAUAAGGGAAAUAGACUCAUGGGGUACUGAUGUGAGGUUUCGAGAUGACUUUAGCAGAUUAACUACCAAAGGGUUGAAUUAUUACGAGGGAAGUGAUGAUUUGAGAAAGUUCAAGUUUUUGACGCCGAAGAAGCAGAUUAACGUCGAUGACUGGAUUUCCACAUUUGGGCAGAAGAUAAUUGAUGAAAUGCAUGCGUUUCAUUUGCUAUGUUCUGGGUCUAGAUGCUUAGACAUAAUAAACGAUCUGCUACGGGUGAAAAGUUCAAAGGGCACAAAACCAAUCGUGAUUUGGGAGCCAUUCCCAGAUCUUUGCGACUUUGAUCAUCAAAAUGACAUUAAAAGUGUAAUGCAGAGGAACGAUGUUACGGUAAUAUUAUCUCCAAAUGCCGAAGAAUCAAGUCGCUUAUUUGGUUUAAGUAGCAAGGAACCGACUAGUUUGGAAGAAUGUCUAGCAUUAGCGCAUCGUUUCGAUGAUUUCAUGGAUGAAAACAAUAUGUGUAUUCUACGAUGCGGUGCCCUCGGAAGCAUAUCGGUAAGUGAGAAGUUUAAGAACGGACGAACCUAUGACCAUUUCCCCGCCUACCAUUUCAAAACUCAGUCUAAAGUACUAGAUCCUACUGGCGGGGGAAACUCGUUCCUUGGCGGCUUUGCAGUUUCUUAUGCCCUAACGAAAAGCUUAGAUAUUGCUAGUAUAUGUGGGAACAUCGCUGCAGGCGCAAUAAUUGAACAAUUCGGAAUACCGAGGUACGAUCCAAUUGCUAAAACCUGGAACGGAAUCACAUUCUUGGAUAGACUGAAAUUUUACCUUUCACAGUCCGGUCUUCAAUAUAAUAUAAACGAUCUUUACAAAAGUCUAACACGAUGA